UGCAACAUGUAUAACGUGCCACAAGCGGUCUACGCAUUGCGUGAUAAGUUUAAUCUGAUCAAAAGUGAUUCAAAAUAAAUAGGUGAAUAGAAAAAGAAAAACAAAGCAUAUACAUACACACUUAUCUAACUUCAAAGUACAAAUGCGAGAGCUGGAUUUUUGAAAAUAAUAUUUCACCAGAAUAUGUGUGUUUAAGUGAUUGGAAUGAAAGUGCAAAAAAUGCAUAUAUGGAAUGCCUGUGUUUUUUACGAAUCCUAAAGAAUUUUAACUACUUACCUAACUAAUACCUAAAUAACGGUAAUUUCUUCAGCUCAUCAUGGGCCAAGUUAAUAGCCGACCGAGCGUACACAAAUCUUUUGCUCAUAAAACUUGCAUUGUAAUGAAUUAUGAGAUUAUUAUUUGCGGUGAAAGUGAAAUCAUUUCGCAUUGUAACCUGUAUAAUUAGGCGUAAAUUAAGUCCAUAAUAAUUUGACGCUACUAAAUUGUGGCGGCGCAAAGAAAUCGACAUUUAUAAUAGUGCACCAGUGACAAUAAAUUUUCUUCUGUUCGUUUUAACCUCCGUUCGCCCACCUAAAGGCAACUAACAACCAGCGAAAAUAGCGCCGAUUCCGCUAUACUGGCUACCGAAUGGAUAAUGGGUAUUUGUUUAGACACAGAUGCCAGCGCGGCACAAGAUACCGGCGAACAAGGCAACGAUUGGAGUCAUAUACGGAAUCAAAACAGUGCCAAUGGACGGAUCGGUACGGGAAACAUGGUCGCCAUAGACAUGCAAAAUGCUGGAAAAAUAAAAUUCGAUCCGCCCAAAGUGCCAGUGAUAUUUGUUUUAGGCGGCCCAGGUAGUGGCAAAGUCACGCAUUGUGACACAUUUAUGCAGGAGCGCCGCGGUGUGACGCACAUAAACAUGAUGGAUUUGUUGCAACAAUACGCAAUGGGGAACGAUAUGCAAGACUUCUCGCAACUAUCCUCGAAAACCGUCACAGAGGUGCUCAUGCUGGAAAUGAAAAUGGCUCCAGCUGCCAAAGCGUACCUAAUUUCAGGAUUUCCUCGCUCAAUGCGCGACGUGGUCGAAUAUUCGGAAAAGAUUCAAGUCGUGAAUGGAGUGAUCUUGAUAUCCUGGCGUCAGUCGGUUCUGCAGAAGCAAAUUGAUUAUGGCGCGAAAUUAGGUCAUGUCGUACUCUCCUUAGCCAAAAUGGAAUUAGAGAAUUUCUUCAAAAAUGUGAUGCCCGUAGCAGAUUACUUCGACCAAAGUGAUAUGCUAACAGCAGUAAAUGGCGAGCGUGCACCCGCCGAAGUGUACAAAGACUUUCGGGCCGCCAUACUCGAUGUGUUGAGCACGCUUGAGAACCAAGAGGCCAUGCUGAACGGAGUCACAGGUAUGGGCAGAGGGAUACAUGAUAUACCCGGCAGUAUAGUUAGCGUAGACACCGCACCUAGUCAAGCCGCGAAUAUUGCAGACAUUUCUAAUGCCAACGUCAACACAACUGUCUUUGCUGCCAACAACUACAACAACAUGAAUAGAAAUCACUACAACAACCAUGUGGGCAAUCCGAGCAUAACAAAUGCCGUGGGCGCGCAUAUUGCUUCAAGUGUCAACGCAGCUGCUGCGACGGCACGGAUGACAGAAGCCGAAGUCAUCACCACACAGCCUGAGGUGAUGAACCAACAAAACGCCGCGACAAGUAUGGACCUCAAUGUGGAUAGCAUACCGCCAGUUAUUUGGGUCAUCGGUGGGCCGGGUAGUAACAAGGCGACACUCUGUAUGAAGGCCGUAGGGUUGAACCCUGGCUGGGGACACAUAAGCUUGGGACGUCUGUUGCGUGCUAUUACCGACUCGGCGCCACGUGCCAACACGGAAAGCUACACCGUCAAGGAGGCACUAUCCGCUGGCGAAAUGGUGCCAGAGAAAGCGAUCAACAACAUUCUCGACACGAAUAUAAGACAAUUGAUGGAUCGUAAAGGCAUAUUGAUCGACGGUUUUCCGCGAAACUUACAACAAGUCAAACAUUUUGAGAAUAAGUACAAACAACGACCGCCAAUCGUGCUGCUGGACUGCUCUAAAUUACAACUGGGGCGUGGGCGGGUUGACGAUACCGUGUCCUCGUUCAGGCGACGUUUGGAGCUCUUCCGCGAGCAAACCUUACCAAUGCUAAAAACUAUGGACAAUAGUAGUCGUCUACAAAUCGUCGAUGGCGAUACGGAUAGCCCAUCGGUGCAGCGCGAAUUUGAAAAAAUCAUACGUCAGCACAUACAAAGUAUUGAACAAACAGGUCCCUUAGGAAUGAACAACAUGGCUGACGCCGCUGUGAUGACGAAUCAUGUUGAUCAUGAUCAAACGGACGCUAUACUACAAGACUUAGAGAAUAACGUUCCGGGUGCAGUGCCAACAAUAAGCCAUCAUGUAUCGCUCAUGAAUGGCCAUUUAAAGAAUCGAAAUAGCAGUGCUGCCAAUAAUGGUGGAGUGGUGAUGAAUGGUGACGCACGGAUGGCAGGCUUAACUGGUGGCAUUGAUUUCAGACAUAUGCUGCAGGAGGCCGAAAGAUACCCGGUGGACUCGUAUAUGUAAAACCUAAAAGCACUCGGAAUCACUUAGUUCCGGUAUGAACGUUGUCAAAGCAAUUCAACCACAUUAAUUUAAAGGUUUUACGUUACCCCGAAAGUUUUGGUCGUACUUUUUUUUGGCAAAAGUGGCUAGACUUGUUACAACCAAUUUUUUUGAAUUUCCUUCUAAUUUAAGGUUAUGAGGAUACUUUCAAAAAGAGAAGCAAUGGAACGGCUUACAAGUGUUGAAAGGAAAACAUCCCUCUUAGCUCGACUCUUUCCAUAUUUAUACUCAAAAUAUCAAUAUUCGUUCAAUUUUAUUCCAAACUCUCUAUGGUUUUUAGAAUUAAAUUUUGGUUUCCUUUCAAGCCUUCAAUUUUAAAAAUUUGACAGUUAAUAUCUCGUAGAACUUUCUAGUUGUUUGUAAGUCAGACGACUAGUUGAGCUUGCCAGUCGCGCCAUACUUACAAUAUCUUUCCCGAUUCUUACUUAAAUUCACAUUGCGCCUCCUAAAAGCCUUGGUGCGAUUGGAUGACAUUGUUAAAAUAGUACUGUGAAAAGAUCUUACUAAUAUACAUACAUAAAGCAAAUGGAUGUUAUGUUUCGAUAUUUACAAUAAUCUUCUUGGAUGGGACUUCAACAUUAGUUGAAUACUUUUUUUAUGAUAAACAUAUUCAAUGCAAUCGACUAAAUUUCGAUUAAACCUAUAAAAACUAACUGAUCCACAAAAAUAUUACGAACUUUGUGUUCGGGGCACAUGGGAAUGUUUCAGCUCUCAAUAUUGGAAUUGGCGCAUUUUGUUUUAUCUCUUCGAUUGACUGAAAACGGGUUUCAUUCCGAUGAUUGUUGACUUGUUUGCAUGUCGAACUCAUAAACUCGCCCGAUCAAGCAUGUCUAAAGUGACCUGUUUACGGUGCUCUUUUUCCUUUAUCGGGACGAGUCGAGCAAAAACGCGUUUCAUACCCAAAAUAUCCACAAAAAUCAUUCGAACGGACUCGUGAGGAAUGUCGCGCACUCUUGUCAUCUGACGAUUUUCUCAUUUAUUCAUCAGUUGAAGAGGUCGAACUAGAACGAGGCAUGUUUUGAAAAUCUCUCGAUCGUCUUUGAAAGUUUGGACCACUCGUUGGCUUGUAAUUCUGAUAAAACAGAUCCAUCGUUAGCCUUUUUCAAUAUUCGCAACGAUUCUUCACACGAGUUUUGGUGAGAAAUACAAAAUUUGAGACACAUUUUUUUCGAUAUUUUUAUCCAUUGUAAAAAUCACAAUUUUCUACUGAGGUGUACCGAUUGAAGCAGCUGCGGUAACAAAUCUGUCAACCCGGAUCGCCCUUGUAUUCUACAUAGUAAUUAACGACAGUCCUACCAAUUUCGCAACAUUUUAGUUACAAUUUCCUGGUGCUUUUUUGUCAUAAUAUAUGUUAUUAGUUAGUAGGCUUAGUUUUAUUUGCUUUUGCACUGUGUAAAAUAUUAUAUACAAAAUAGGCUCCCCUAAAAAAUGUUUUCUUCUAAAAUGCCGUGAAAUGCUCGAAAUGACGGAAAAAAAAUCUGCUAAACUUUGAACUCUUAAUAUUAAUAUUAAAUGUUUUUGUAUUGUGACUUUCGACUUCAUACAUAAACAACGCAAGGAUAUUUUCUUAUAAAGUUAAGAGGGUAUAUCAUUAGUUGUUGAUUUCUUUAUUGGGGUCGAAAGAAAAUGUCGCUCAUUUACUUCAAUAGUGUCAUAACUCAAAAAACGCAUUUUUUCAGGAGAACAAUUUUUAGUUUUCAGCUUUCUUUUGUGGGUUAAAUAAAAGCUAAGAUCGCAGAUUUUCUAUGCAAACUAGUGAUAUGUCAUGUGUAGUAUACAUUAUAGAAGAAAUUCGACCGAAAUUAAUGAUUUCCCAAUUUUUUCUUGAUCGGGGUUUUUAACGUAACAAAAAAAUAAAAUACAAAAAUUCAUAGCAUCAAAACAUAUUUUUAUAUGAAGUUCAUUUUCAGUUUUUAAAAAUAGUAGAAAUAAUUAGUAAAUAGUGGAAAUACAUAGAUGAUUGAAUCACAAAUUGUUAUAAAAUUCUUGAUAGAAGCGUGGAAUCAAGUUCUUUUUAAUUAAUUCGUUGAUAUCUUGUCUUUUAUUAUUAGGAAUUCCGAUUUGGGAGUGGUAGGCUUUUUGUAAAUCAAUCGGUGUGCUAUGUUUCUUCUUGGAUUUGAUUAUAGUGGCUUCCCAGAACUUCUCCUCAGAAAUUCAUGUCAAAGAAAUCUCCAUAAGACAUUUCUUGCAAUAAGAAUGGGUGGCCUGUUUUCUUUGCUGAUCGAAUUGUAGUAAUUAAUGAGUCAGUGGUGUAUACUGGCCCACUUUUAAGCAUUCGUUUAGUUGCUCUCUCAAUAAGGGAAUGUGCUGAGUCACUUUCAUUUUGGGUAUGGCCUUUGAUGAGGUAUUUGUGGGUGGUGGACUUUAUACGCAAGUAGCGAACGGCGUUCAAGGCAACCAUGAACUUGUUUUUCUGUUGUCCAGCACAAUUAUCAGAAUAAAAUAUUAUUUCAUCUUCUUUAGUCUUUGCCAAACUUUUAAUAUACUCAAAAACACAUGUUCCUAAUUCAUUAACCCCACGCUUUCCAUUGGCUUAGUCCCAAACAAAACAUUGACAUUUGUUUGUUUUUAUAUCAAAUAUGGUGAAAUUGAACACAUUUACUUUAGAUUUAUAAUAGAAGGCAGACACUUCGCCCUUUGGUAAUUGCAUGACUGCUGGCAAAUCAUACACUGCCACAACUGUAUUUUGACUUUCCUUGUCCUUACUUUUCGCUUGUCGCGAAAAAUUUUUUUCACGCAAGUGAUUGUCAUAUACGGCUUCGUUGUUAGAUUUUUCUUCGACCGCCAUAUUAGUAUAGGCUUCGCAUUGCUCACAUAGAUCUUUUUUGGGGGAAAAAAGGAAAUAUUAAAGUUUUCCGUAAAUGAUCUAUAAAACGAAAUAUAUGUGCAAAAUGGCUGUUUUUUUCUUUGCAUAUAUCUACAUAGUCGCUAUAAAGGCUUGAUAUUGUUUUGCUUCCUUCAAUAAACGUUUUAGAUGUACUUGCUCUCGUAUAAUGACUAUCGAUUUCCGGUAUUGUUUCAAUAAACGCCCUUAUUCCAUCUGCCAUAUUCUUGUCAAGUUGUUUGUGCCUUCCGUAUUUGCCUCUUUGAUCCGGCUCCAAUACUUCGUUCGCGAGUUUUUCUCGUUUCUCUAUAACUGUUCGUAUUGGUCGAUCGUUGAUAUCAAGAGUGUUUUUAAAAAAUAAUUUGCAGACGCGAAAAGAAUUAUCAAAUUUCUUUAAAAAAAAAGGCAUUAUUGUAUUGUCGAGGAGCUCUCUUUCCACCCAAGCGCACAGAGCGGUAUUUGGGCUCAACGAGUUUCAUACAAUUGGAAAUAAAUUGCCUUUGCUUCUCAAUGUCGCCAAGAGUCCAAUAUGAGGAAAAUAUCUCUUUUCUCUGCUCUUCGCUAAAUAUAUUUGAACAUUUAUACCGACAGUUUUCACCGCAGGGAGGUUUAAUUUCUCUUUUGUUUCGAAUAAUUUUUUUUAAGCUUUCAUAGUGUUCACCACUAUUUCUCUUCUUUUUACAAUAUUUUUCUUCCAAUUUUCUGGCUGUUUCCUCUUUUUUUUUCCUUUCAUCGCCGGACUAACCAGAAUGGUGGAAGAAUUGUUUAUCUUUGAAGUUGAUGUGCUUGGUUGUAGAUCAAAGGAGUUUUGUUCAGGUAUUGGCGUACAUAAUUCUAGAUCUGGAGAAUCUUCCUCGAAGCAGUUAUCUUCAUCAUUGCCGUUAGCAGAAACUGGGAAGUAUGUCACAUCAACUAUGGAAUUGUCACUAUCUUCUGAGAACAAUGAUGAAGAAGAUCCGCAAUUAUUUUUGGAUAACGACAUUUCCAAGUAAGCUAGAAAAAGUCGAAAUUCGUAAUUUUAUUAUCAGCAAUAGCGUAUCAUUUUACGUUAUGAGAAGGUGUUUUAUAUUAUAGCCGAUACUAUUUUCGCAAAUAAUGACAUAUUUUAUAUUAACACAAAAUCGCCAUUUCUACACAGCCCAUUUUUUCACGAAAAAAAACGUCACAAAACAAAAUACCUAGUUACGCAAUUGAUUUAUUUUCAACAACAACGCCACAUAUUGUGUUGCGCAAAUUAUGAGGAACUAAAAUUUUUCAACAGUAUAGUCACAACGCAAAAUAAUACUAUUUACAUGAAAAUUAGCAACAUGAAAAAUAUAACUACCUUUUCACAUAAAUCACUGUAACACAAAAUAUAUCGUUUUUUCGGAAAAACUAAUAAUCUUUACACGACGACGACUCAUGUUAAACUGAAAUGUGUCGAUGCUGUAGCAAAAAUUUGACGCGUCACAACAAGUGGAAUAACGGCACUUUUCCAUCUCACGCGCUCAAUUUUCUACAAAUCACAGAGAAUUUUUUAUACAAUAUUAACCAUGAUAUUGAGCACAUUUUUUUGUAUUUAACUCAAAAAAUGAGGUUUUUGAGUUAUGACACUGUUAAAGUAAAUGAGCGAUGUGUGUUUUUUUUAUUUUAAAAUAUAAUAUUUCAAAGCUGAUAGCACAUUAUUUUUCUUUGAAUGCCCAAAAGUAUGCAAUCUAUUCGAAAUUUAAAUUGAUCGUUUGAAACAAAACAGCCAAUGCUGUACUCUUAUACACAUAAUGUAUAUCCGCUCUUUAAUCUCUCUCUUACUACCUGUUUACACAAUAAAAUUUUAUUAUUUAUAAAAUUUUAAAUUAUUUGAAUAUUUAGUAUUUGUUAGGAAAUUUAAAU